GGGAGCUGCCAUGUUGGCGGAAGCGCAGCCUCCUGUGCCGUGGCAAGUGUCCGUGGCGGUGGCCGCCGCGUCCGUCUGCGUCUUCGUCUUCGCCUCGCCCGCGUCUGGGUGCUGAGAGACUGCGGCUUGCGGGAUGGAGAAAAGUAGGAUGAACCUGCCCAAGGGCCCGAAAAACCUCUGCUUCAACAAGGACGAGUUCCUGAAGGAGGAUUUCGAUGUGGAUCAUUUUGUGUCUGACUGCAGGAAGCGGGUUCAAUUGGAAGAACUGAGAGAUGACCUGGAACUCUACUACAAACUUCUGAAAACAGCCAUGGUUGAACUCAUCAACAAGGAUUAUGCAGACUUUGUCAACCUUUCAACAAACUUGGUUGGCAUGGACAAAGCUCUCAACCAGCUUUCUGUACCUUUGGGACAGUUACGGGAAGAGGUUCUGAGUCUUAGGUCAUCUGUCAGUGAAGGAAUUCGGGCAGUAGACGAACGAAUGUCUAAACAAGAGGACAUCAGGAAAAAAAAGAUGUGUGUGUUGAGGCUUAUACAGGUUAUUCGAUCAGUUGAGAAAAUUGAAAAAAUCUUAAACUCUCAGAAUUCUAAUGAAACAUCGGCACUAGAAGCAAGCAGCCCACUUUUAACUGGACAGAUAUUGGAAAGAAUUGCCACAGAAUUUAACCAGCUACAGUUCCAUGCUGUGCAAAGCAAAGGCAUGCCUCUUCUGGAUAAAAUAAGACCACGUAUUGCUGGUAUUACGGCCAUGCUGCAGCAGUCAUUGGAGGGUCUCCUGUUAGAAGGCCUUCAGACUUCCAACGUGGACAUCGUACGGCACUGCCUGCGGACCUACGCCACCAUUGACAAGACCCGGGAUGCAGAGGCCUUGGUUGGCCAAGUGCUAGUGAAGCCAUACAUAGAUGAGGUGAUUGUGAAACCCUUUGUUGAGUCUCAUGCUGGUGGCCUUCAGAUCAUGUACGAGAAGCUUCUGGAGUUUGUGCCUCACCACUGCUGCCUCCUUCGGGAAGUCACAGGUGGAGCCAUCUCGAGUGAAAAAGGCAAUACUGUUCCUGGGUAUGACUUUUUGGUGAAUUCUGUCUGGCCAGAAAUAGUACAAGGAUUAGAAGAAAAGUUGCCCUCACUAUUUAAUCCUGGGAAUCCCGAUGCAUUUCAUGAGAAAUAUACCAUAAGCAUGGAUUUUUUAAGAAGAUUUGAACAGCAGUGUGGAUCACAGGCCAGUGUAAAAAGAUUAAGAGCACAUCCUGCCUAUCACAGCUUUAAUAAUAAAUGGAACUUGCCAGUUUAUUUUCAAAUAAGGUUUGGAGAAAUAGCGGGAUCCUUAGAAGCAGCACUUACAGAUGUGCUGGAAGACGCCCCAGCUGGAAGUCCAUACUGCCUUUUGGCUUCUCACAGAACAUGGAGCAGCCUUAGGAAGUGUUGGUCAGAUGAGCUGUUUUUGCCAUUGCUGGCACACCGUCUUUGGAAACUCACUCUGCAGAUUUUGGCCCGGUACUCUGUGUUUAUCAACGAGCUUUCACUCAGGCCCGUAUGUAAUGAAACUGCCAAGGAGAGCAAAAAGCCUUUGAUGGCUGGUAGUAGGGACCUUUCCGUGUCCCCAAGAAGUAACGAAGACCCAGGAAAUGCCGUGGCAGAAGCAAAACCUGUGGUUUCCAUUUCCAGAACUCAGCUCGUCUCUGUGGUUGCAGACCUGCACCAGCUGCAGGAGCAGCUUCCAGAACUUUUGGAAAUAAUCAAGCCCAGACUUGAAAUAAUUGGAUUUAAGAAUUUUUCUUCUAUCUCAGCGGCCCUUGAGGACUCUCAAAGCUCUUUAUCAGCUUGUAUCCCUCCCUUGAGUAGCAAGAUCAUCCAGGACCUGAGUGAGUCGUGCUUCAGUUACCUGAAAGGCGCCCUCGAGGUUCCCAGGCUUUACCGAAGAACCAACAAGGAGGUCCCAACUGCAGCUUCCUCUUACGUGGACAGUGCCCUGAAGCCAUUUCACCAGCUUCAGCAUGGACACCAGGAUAAGCUCAAACACGCAGUGAUUCAGCAGUGGCUAGAAGAAGCUCUUUCGGAGAGCACACAUAAGUAUUAUGAGACCGUGUCACAUGUUCUCAGCUCUGUGAGGAAGAUGGAAGAGAGCCUGAAAAGGCUAAAACAAGCCAGAAAAACCACCGUGGCCAACCCCGUUGGUCCCAGCAGCGGCAUGAGCGAUGACGACAAGAUCAGGCUGCAGUUGGCCUUGGAUGUGCAGUACCUAGGAGAGCAGAUACAAAAGAUGGGCCUGAAAACAAGUGGCAUCAAAAGUUUCCCAGCUCUGUCUGAGCUGGUUGUGGCUGCCAAGGACCUGGCAACAGCAGAAUAGCCGUAAGCAUCUGGACCACCCCAGGGAGAGAGAAGCUGACUGCAUGCCGGCGCCCUAAGGGAAGAAAGCGGCUCUGUUCUCCUGUGCCUCCCCAGCGAGGGAGUGCCACCAGCUUCCCCAGCCUCAUUCCCAGCACCAUGCAUCCUCCCAGCACAUUUGGGUCUUUUGCCCAAAAAAAGAACACUAACACCUUUUUCCAUUGUAUGGAAGACAGUUUUUAAGACGUUUGAAACUUUCUACUAUAGUUUACAGAACAAAUUAUUUUAUUUUUAUUGUAAAUCUUAGAGUGGAAGAGCUGAUUUCCAAAAUAUUACUGAAGUAAAAUAUAUAUGUAUGAAUAUAAAAGGUCUCUACAGUCCUGCCAGUGGAAACAACAACUGCACUGCCGCACUGGGUGGAAGCUGUUGCUGUGGCCAGGACUGCCCCUUCCCAGGCUCUCAGGAAGAGGCUAUAGGAUGGCACUGCUCUGGCUUCACCCACCCCGUGAGAGCACCCAGGUCUCCAGCAGGAGCUGCACCAAUUGGGAAGGGUCUGCUUCCUAAAUAAAAGAAUA